GGCGUAAAUUUCCAAGCAUCUUCAUCUCUGAUUCUUCUCCAAAAAUGCACGAUUUUUUCACUUGAUUUCAUCGCGGAAGGAAAGAAAUAAAUCACGGACUCCGUCAUCGAAGGAAGUUCUCCAAAUUCGCUUGAUUUCAGACUAGAACUUGGCAGGCCAUCUGAGAUGACCACGGCAGUCCGGAUAUCCUUAGUGCUAUGUGUUUCCAUUUAUUUUGCUGUUGGCUUUUUUGGGUAUUUGCUAUUCGGGGACACAAUCAUGGCCGACAUGCUUGUUAACUUUGAUCAAAACACUGACUCCCUUAUUCACACACUGCUUAACACCGUGUUGUUCGGUUGAGCUAUGCAAUUCAUCUCAUGCUGGUGUUUCCAAUCAUGAAUUACUCUCUGAGAGUUAAUGUAGAUGAACUCCUGUUCCCAAAAGGACCUGUAUUGUCUACAGAAACUUUCAUGGGAACAACCACUGUCAUGUGCAUCAUGUUCAUAUUCCCAAGCACGAUCAUUCUUAGAGAUGUUCAUAAGAUUUGUACCAAGCAGGACAGGGUACUGGCAGUAUUGGUGAUCAUGUUUGCAGUCGGGACUAGUGUAACAGCCAUAUACUCUAAUGUGCACCAGACCUUUUUAUCAUCAAGUAAUCUGAUUUCAUGACAAUGCGGUUUAUGCUCAAGGACCAUCAGCAUGAUCCAUUGUGUGUAUAUAUACAUCCAUAAAUAAGAGUUAAUUGGGAAUAGCACUCUACUUUUCACUUGGCCGCUAGUUCAUUUACCUCUGCAAUUGAUGUCUACUUCAGCUGGUUAUGUUAGUGGUAGUGUUAGUUAUGCUGGAUGGCUGCAACUUCAGUUGGCUAUGUUAUUGGGUUUUGGUUUUAGUAGAAGGUUAUUCUUUGUUUGUUGUACAGUUGGUAAUGCUGCGGUUUGGUUGUCAAAGUUUUGAAAAUGAACACAAUUUGGUUUG